AACAUUUCCGAAAGAACGGGCCGCUCUCAGGAGCUCAGUGAUUUCCAGCGUGGAACUGUCAUAGGAUGCCACCUGUGCAACAAAUCCAGUCGGAGAACGCCACGCCCCCACCCCGGGCACAACCGGAAGUGAUUGGCACACCUUUGAAGAAACUAAAAACACACUUUGACGCUUCCCAAAGGUUCCGGUUUUGGAGCGGCCUGGGAUGUUGAAAUGAAGAUACAUGAGAAGGUUGUCUCCUUUUUUGAAGCCAGCAGCACACCUGUGGACAAAGAAGGAUAUCUCUUUAAGAAGGGCGACAUCAGGCCUUCCUACCACAAGCGCUGGUUCAUUCUGAAGGGAAACCUCCUUUUCUACAAAGACCACCCGGAUGACCGUGACCUCAUCGGAGUCAUUGUUCUGGAGGGCUGCACCGUCCAGCUGUGCGAGUCCGACGAGCAGUUCGCCUUCUCGUUGGUGUGGAGCGAGCAGAGUCUGCGACCCUACAAGUUCGCCGCAGAGGACCAGGCCGGCCAGGAGAGCUGGAUAAAGGCCUUGCUCUCGGCCAACCACGGCUACUUGGCCCUGCUGGUGAUGGACCUGGAGAAGAAGUACAGAGAGACGUUAGAUGCGUUGUUCAGUGACCCCGCCAACAGUGUUGCCACACCAAACCUCCUCACGACAAAAGCCGACCGUCAAUCGAACCCGCGGUCGUCCACAUGGCACGCAGCAGCCGCAGCAGUGUCCUCAGGCCCAAGUGUGAGCUCCAACAGGACCCUCCUAACCCCGUCCAUUCCCCCCAAGUCAGCCAGCAGGAGGUCACCUAAACUGUGGCCCAAGAGGACCGCCAACGUGACGCCUGUCGACGAGCCUGCCCCGCCUGCCGGGGACUGGUCAGCGGUGUGUUCAGGGACACAGGAGGAUUUUGGAAAAUUGCACGAGGACUUUGGAAAGGAAGUAAGGGACCUUAUCGCCGCCUGGUCAAGAAGCGGACAAGUCGGCAAAGCCGCCCUUGAAGAGAAUUUGAUAGAUUUCUAAGUCUCCAAAUAUAUUUUUCUAAACCUUAUUUCAAUAUUAGUGACAGCAGUGCAGUAAUUUAAAAAGGGUUUUAUUUUGCUUGCAUGUACACUUCAGCACGCACCGUGGACAUAUUUCCAGGUAAAGUGACAUUUUUACUUACAGAACGGUGCUUAGUUAUUUGUACUGGAAUUUUUAGAUAUUUUAUUUGAUAUUUGAUCUUUUUAUUCAAACAAAAAUGCCCAAAAUAUUCAUAUACCUGUUAUACGUGUAUAGGAGAUUAGAAUAUACAACAUGACUAUUUACAGUAAAUGACAUCAGACCAGCUGCCAGAAGA